AAGAAAAAUCGGUUUUCAGUUAAGCAAGUCAGCAGCCCCUUGUUCUAUAUUGUCAACUGCUACUCCUAUUAUUCCACACUAAUUUCUCGUUUUCUAAUUUUCCUCGCAACUGAUCAAAUCCCUAGUAAAACUAAUCAAAGAAUCACGAUCAACUGUUGGGGGUUUUGGCUUCUCAAUUCUCCGAAAUUUCAGUUUUCAUCAUCUCUUGAAUUAUGACGAUUCUGCUGAAGAAGAGAGUUCACUUUCUGCUGUUUAUCGUUGGCGUCAUUGCUCUCAGCAUCACUGCUGAAAAAUGUAGGCAGUGGGUUGGUGAAGAAGCUGCAUCAAAAAGUGGACAGUUUACAUUCUUGAAUUGUUUUGAUGGAAGUUCUGGAACCCUUGCAUGUGCAGUUAAAGAGGGUGUAAAGCUUUAUUUCUAUAAUAUCCGGUCUCGUCAUGUGGAAAGUAGAAGAAAUGAAGCAAUCGAGGUUGCUCUGGCUGAUGCAAUUACACAAGGCAUGUCUGCAACAGAUGCUGCUAAGGUAGCCCAGAAAGAAGGAGCAAAGGCUGCAAAACUAGCAACAAGAAAAGCUAAGCGUAUUAUUGGCCCAAUUAUUUCUUCUGGAUGGGAUUUUUUCGAAGCUGUGUACUAUGGGGGUACACUGACAGAGGGGUUCCUUCGGGGCACUGGUACCUUGUUUGGCACUUAUUAUGUUGGUUUUAUUGGAGAGGAAAGGUUUGGGAGGUUCGGUUACUUAGUUGGAAGUCACCUGGGCAGUUGGGUGGGUGGAAGGAUUGGGCUGAUGGUGUAUGAUGUGGUCAAUGGAAUUCAUUUCAUGAUGCAGUUCAUACAGGCAGAUACUCAAGGACAUGAAGAUGCUUCAAAUUAUAAUUUUUUUCAACCUGAUGAUAAUGAAAAAUCUGUUGGGGCUGAAGAUUCCUAUAUGCACGGAUCAACAUUCAGUAGUGUCUCUGAUGAGCCUAAUAAUAUUGAGACUCCUGCUGAUGAGCCCAGUAACAUUGAGACCCCUCCUGAUGAGAUUCCUUCUGAUGAUCCCAGUAACAAUGAGACCCCUGCUGAUGGGAACUUUGAUUCAACAUGGAGUACUGGUUCCGAUGAGUACAGCAAUUCUGAGACCCCUGAAGACAUGAGCUUUGAUGCCCAUGAAGAAUUCUAAUCAGGUGUGGUAGCAAUGUUGAUUGAAGAUAAAGGCUACAGAAAAAAGGUCUUAAUCAGUGUGGACAUAUCAGGUAUGCUUCAUGUCAUUUCUUGUGGUUAGCACGCAUUUAUUGUGAGCCGGCCACGGACUUGACUUAAUCCAUGGCCAGCCAAAAUGGGACAGACAGAUAGGCCCCAAGAUGAUGGCCUCUAAUAGAUUUCUCAUGAUAAUACAUCACAGAAACAGUGUUAUUGCCAUUUCCUCAUAGCAUAUAAAAUCUUGCUUAAAUU